AUGUGGUAUGUCGCAUCAAAAACAAUGGCCGUUAUUUUCUACGGACCCUCACUUGACGAUCUGGUGAGCAGAAGUCAACUGCCGCGCCGCCGUUCACCACAUCAGCUUUAUGUAUACCUUAGUCUUGAAUCUGCGGCCAACUACCCCGUAUGCACAGAACGCUGGAAUGGUUACUUCAAUUUGACCUGGACCUAUCGUCUAGACUCGGAUCUCGUAUGGCGAUACUAUGCGUUUCAAAACGAGAGUGGGUAUGAUGUUGCACCUAGUGCUUCAGUCUGCUGGCAAGAGAACAAGGCGAAUUACAGGGACGAAGAACUUGCAGAAGUAGUCCGAGGAAAACGCAAGGCAGCCGCCUGGUUUGUUUCCAACUGUGACACUACCAGCAUGCGUGAGGAGCUCGGAGGACAGAUACGCCAGAAUCUGCGCAACUAUAAUCUCGAUAUUGAUAUUUACGGGGACUGCGGUAGCUUGCUCUGCCCAGUUUCGGCCAUGGAAAUAUGCCUGAUGAAGUUAGAGCGAGAAUAUUACUUUUACAUAGCAUUCGAGAAUGCAUUAAGUGACGAUUACGUUACUGAAAAGGUGGUUCACGCUCUGAACCAUCGCACAGUGCCCAUAGUGUUUGGUGGAGCCAACUACAGCAGGUUUCUACCACCGGGUUCGUACCUUGACGCAAGAGAAAUGGGCGCACGGCGCACUGCACACCGUAUAGCCGAAUUGAUCCGCCGUCCAAACGAAUACAUACAACUAUUCAACUGGAGAAAAUAUUAUCGUGUGCGUGCAAUCGCACCGGGUAUUCAGGCUUGCCACUUGUGUGAUGCAAUCAAUAAUCACCCCAUACCGAGAAACACAACGACACAAUUCCGUCGCUGGUGGACACCGUUAUCAUCAUGUAGAGAUGUCAUCAUAGCUAAUUUACACUAGUAAUUACCUAUGUUAUUUUGAUCCUAGGUUUAUCUUAUUGUUUACUUAUAAAAUAUAAACAAAGAAAAAGUUUUGG